GAUGUCGAACAUUUCGCUGCAUAAACUUUUCACUAAGAGUGAACUCCCUUGAUGCGCAUGGUCCCCUUGAGGAAAAGACAGACGGUAACAUCUUGGUUUCCACCGCAGUAGACAGGCGAUGUUGCUUCAUAGUGAAAUAUAUUGACAGUUUAACAUCUUCUUUGCACAGUAUUAUCAUUAUGAUUUCCAUGAAACUUCCUUGUGUUGUGCAUCUCGCCAAACGAUGGUCUUUCUCCAGCACAGUCUCAGUGAGGUGGCUAAGCCCAUUAUCAAGCAUUCAGACACGUGGAACAAGUCUUUUGAAGCCACAGGCAACAGGUGCAUUACAACUAUCCCAGUGUCGAUAUAGGUUGCUAUUUGCCCCAAAACCACGCAAGUUUCGACCUCGUCAUUCUAAAGAUGGAGUUCACUCUGAUAUGAUUCUGAUUUAUGAGAACAAUAUGAAUCGCCAUUACUUCUGGAGUCAGCUGUUUAUCAAUCUGCUUGGGGUUCCCAGUUGUGUUUUGUGUAUCUACAAUAUUACCACUAAAUGGCAUCUCCAGGAUUUCAGCAUAGUAUCUCCUGUGAUUGGGUCAGUGGCAUACCUUGGCUUCUACUCUGUCCUUCUAUUUGGUGUGAAUCUGCUCAGCCAUCAAAGCAUUAGACGGAUGUAUGCAGAUAAAGAAGCCAAACAGUUCACAGCAGUUGUUCAAGACUGGAAAAUGUGCCCCAAACUUAUUGACUUCGACAUUUCAGCAGUAGCAAGGAAAGAGCCAGGAAAUGUUAUGGGCAACUUCUUUGGAAACCUGAAGAUCCGUAACAGGUCUUAUCUUGUGCUUCCAUCAGACUUUCUUCAGCCUUACUACUUUAACCUAUUUAUGGGGUAUGAUCUUCACCGCCCACUAGACAAGGCAGAUGAUAUUGAUCUAAAAGAUUUUUUGAGAGACCAGCAGAACAAAUCAAAUCAAGACAAGACGAAGUGAUAUUAUAGAAGCAGAAAUUUUUGCUUUUGAUAGUUCAAACUGCCACAAGACAGAAAAUUCAAUGCAAGACACUUUUUAGUGACUGAGUAUUUUAGAUCAGUUUGAAGGUAUAAAUAAAAUGGGAAAUUUGGCAACCGUUUUUGUUUACUAACCUGUAGUAUUGCAUGUAAAAAAAUUACAAAUACAAUUAAAUUGGAUUUACAA